AUGGGUGAGGAGAGAGUUAGAGUUGCUAGAGCUACGAGGGAUGUAGUUGAGAAAGCAAAGAAACAAAAGAAUUCACCUGCUCCAGCUAAGGUAAAGGUGACAGGGCCUUCUCCUGCUCCUGUGAAGACACCUUCUGCUGAAGCAGAACCCUCCGGUCCAUCUGAUAAGGGUAAAUGUGUUAUGAGGAAGAAGCAAAAAUCCCAAAGGCAAUAUGUAGCAAUUUAUCUAGUGCAAUCGGAGACUAAAUCAUAUACGGACAUUCCCAAGACACCGAAGAAAGGAGAGUUUGCUAGAGUGAUCCGGAAAUCCCAAUCCGGUAGUGACAAGAAAGAGAAGAAGGAGAAGAAGGCAAGGUUUCUUCCUGAGAAUCAUCUUGUAGAAACUAUCCCACAAGAUGAAGCCACUCAGUCAGAAAAUCCUCUAGUAAUUGAUGAAAAUAAGGAGGAAGACACUCAGGAUGUUGCAGAACAACAAAUUUUGGAUUCUGUUGAGGUUGAGCCUACUAAAGAGAAUGAUAAAUCAACAGAGGUAGAGGAUGGUGCACCGAGUGGUGACAUCGAUGCACAAGAGGCCCCUAAAGAAGGCAAAUUCAGACAGGUCGAAGCUGAGAAAAAGGUAGAGGAAAAACAGGAAGAACCGGAUAAAGGAAAGGGUAAGGCAAUAAAGACUCCAAUCCUUGUCGCAAUUGACACAACUAAAAUUCAAGGUGAAGGAAGUUUUCCAUAG